AUGCAUCCUGAGGGAACUGCUCAAAGAGCUUCAUGGCCCUAUGUAGAAAACAAAUCUCAUCUCUGGACAUGGCUUUUCUUUGUUCCUCUAGUUGCUUACGCCAUGUGGCAGGUCCUUUAUUUUCUUAUUGUUAAUGUCCUACGGCGACAGAGACUACUGCGAGAUCCUGAAGUCAUGACUUCGUACAGGGAACUCUCAAAAAAAGCACAAAAAGCGAACAAUGUAUGGUGGCGCUUAAGUGGUUUGCUUGGGGAUCAGAAUCGCUUGUUUAUGUAUAUUCUGCUCCAAGCUAUAUUCACUGUGGCAACUAUGGCGCUUACGGUCCCCAUAUUCUUGUCUUACAAAUUACACGUCACUUUCCAAAUACUCAAGAUCUCUGCAACUACAUGGUAUGGAGGAAACUUUUUGUUAGAAGUGAUGCCUAGGCAGGCCAUGAAGAAAAUAGAGAUGCAGCCAAUUAGGAAUUGUCAAGACGGAUCGACCCCAGAGAAUCAAGUUGAAGACCAAGAUUGA